CAUGAACUAUAAAACACUCUUAAUAAUAAACAAACUAAAUAUUAAGUUUAUUUAAUGUUAAUUAAAUUUAGUAUUUUAAUUAUUUAAUAAUUUUUUUACUGAGUUUCUAUUGUUAUUAAUAUUUAAUAUUAUUUUGUGUUCUUGCGGUAGAAUUUGUUCUUUAAUCGAGCUUUUAAUCUAAUUAGUUAUAUUUUUAUUAUAGUUUAAACGGUAUUUGCAAAAAGUAAAAUGAAUCGUAUAUUCGGAAAAUCGAAAGAAAAGGCUCCACCUCCAGAUAUGACUGCUGUCAUAAAAGGAGUAGACGAUCGUGCUGAAUCAGUAGAACAAAAAAUUAAUAGACUUGACAAGGAGUUAAAAAAAUUAAAAGAUCAAAUGGCUAAGAUGAGAGAAGGUCCAGCUAAGAAUUCAUUAAAACAAAAAGCAUUAAGAGUCUUGAAGCAAAGAAAACAAUAUGAAAGUCAAGCUGAAAACUUAAGAAAUCAAUCUUUCAAUAUGGAACAAGCUUCUUAUGCAGUUCAGUCAUUGAAAGACACUCAAUCAACAGUAGUUGCAAUGAAAACCGGCAUGAAGCAAAUGAAAAAAGAAUUUAAAAACAUUAAUAUAGACGAUAUUGAGGAUCUUCAAGAUGAAAUGGCAGAUAUGCUGGAUCAAUCAAAUGAAGUACAAGAAGCAUUAGGACGGACAUAUGGAGUACCAGAUAUUGAUGAAGAUGAACUUAAUGCAGAACUUGAAGCAAUUGGUGAUGAAUUAGCUUUAGAUGAUGAUACAUCUUAUCUAGACCAAGUGAAUGUUCCUGACAAAGAACCUGGGCAAAAAGAAAAGGAACCUAGUAAACCGGGUGAAGUUUCUGUAGAUGAAUUUGGUUUACCAAAAAUACCAGCACAACUUUAACUUUGAAAAUAAAAUUACAAAUUAUAUUAAUUUUACUUUUACCAUUAUUUUUUUAAGACUUAAAUAAAUAUUAAAUUACCAUCUACUAUAUUAUAUUAUAUAUGUAUUAAAUAAAUGUGUAAUUACAAGUUAAAAAUAUUUUUUUAAGAACAUUUUUUCUUAUAUAAUUACAUCAUAUAAGUUUAUUUACAUUAAAAUAUAUAUAUAUAUAUAUAUAUAUAUUUGAUUUUUUAAGCUCAAUUCAUGAUUUGUUUCAAUCGUAAUUACCAACAUUUUAUAACAACAUGUGUUUUCAUACAAGACCAUUUUAAUAAAAACCGAUUUUAUGCUAUCAAUUAUACAUAACUAGUUUUAAGAGUAACAUACUCAUUAUUCAUAAGCUUAUGAAUUGCAGUGUUCGCUUUCUUCUCUUAAUUAGCAUAAUAAAAUAUAAAGUUUCUCAUUACAAUUAAGUAAGAAAAAUUGUCUAUGAUUAAAUAAUGUAAAAUACAAUUUUGAAUUUUUUCAACAAUUAUGCAAAAUCAGAAAUUUUAAAAUUAGUCUGAUAAUAAUUUUUCAUUUAUUGAUUAAUACAAUACUGGACAAUGUAAAUUAUGAUAUUUAAUAUAAUAUACCUAGUUAUUAAUUAGAAUUAUAUUUUAAAUAUCAACAAACAAAAAUAAUAGUUAAAUUAAUACUAUAUAUAAGUACUUAAGAGGUCACUUCACUCACAUGUAUUGUUUCUGUCUUAUAUAUAACAUAACAAAUUUACAAUUAAUAAAAUAUAUGAUGUGCUGUUAGCUUCUAUAUUAGAAAUAUUUGGCAAAUUCUUUCUAUUUGAAGCAUGUAAAACAGAGACAAUACGUGUAAAUAUUAUUUCUACUUAUAACCACAUAUUAUUAAGUCAACAAAUUAUAAAAUAAUAAAAAAAGUGCUAUUGAUAACAAA